GACACAAGGACACUCAGAGACACCAGGACAAUCAGAGACACAAGGACAAUCAGAGACAGAAGGACACUCAGAGACACAAGGUCACUCUGAGAGACAUAAACACACUGAAAAAGAUGGAUAUAGCGAUACAAAUAAAGAAACUGUUAACUGCAAAAAUGUAAAUUCAUGUGAUAGUGAUCCUGCAAAUGGAAAAAUCACCUUAGUAGGGGAUAAGGCAUAUUCAACACUAGGAAGAGACCUUGUAGCGCUGUAUAGGUCUGGUAGAUAUACAGAUGUCUCACUUGUAGCAGGAGAUGAAGAAUUUAGAGUUCACAGAUGUAUAUUAAGCUGUAGGAGUGAAUACUUUUCAAUGAUGCUAAGUGGAAACUGGAAUGAAGCAGAAAAACAAACAAUUUCUUUAAUGGGUGUAACACCUGCAGCACUCGACCAGGCACUAAUUUACUUGUAUGGUGGAACAAUAGAUGUCUCCCCAAACUGCCCACUUACAGAUGUUGUCAUAUUAGCGGACAUGUAUGCUAUACAUGGAUUGAAAGAGACAGUGGAAUUCUGUAUGAUAAGGGAUUUCUGCCAUUUCUUUCCUGAAACCCCUUGUCAAGGUUGCAUUGUGGGGGUGCCAAAGGUGCUGCCUCUAGCCAGGAUAUAUUGUCUUGAUGGGAUUGCGACACCUGCUGUGGCAUGGAUAACAACUCACUAUGUUAGAGUUUGGCCAAACAAGGCAUUUUCCCAGCUGCCCCAGGAAAUCCGAGAAGAAUCCUGCAAUAGGUUGAUAGAAAGCAUCAGCAGGAAUAGCAUUGUGGGUCUUAUAAAUGACCUCAGUACAAUUGAAGGGAGACUUCCCUUUAUUCGUUGGGCAGACAUUGUAAGACAACACAUAGAUGUUCUCAAGUCGAAAACUGAGGUGUUCUUGAGAAACAAUAUAGACAGUGUAGCAAGUAGCUUCUUCUGCUUGACUGAUAAUCAUACAUCAUGGAUGAUUGCUUGGAUAGAUUCCCAUUUUAGUGCAGCACUGAAUGCCAUGCCCAGAGAGAAAAUGUGCCAAACCUAUGCUGCAUUUAGAUCUAUCAAAGAACAUUGCAAGUGCUUGUAUGGAAAUCUGUCUCCCCGUGGUGAGGCUCAACUGAUCUUUGCCUCUCAGGAACUUACAGACCUGGCUGAAAAACUACAUGCAAAGUGCAGGACAGUAUUGAUCGCAAAUGCCGCAUAUUUAGUUGAUUCUGAACACUGGGAUCUAUUGUCAAAGAAGGAACAGAAAGACAUCAAAGAAGCUGCAUUGUAUGUUUGUGUGACAGGUGCAAGACCAAAGACAGCCCAAAGGCCAGUUCUAUCAAGUAUGGCAAGGAAAACCAAGCCAAAGCCAACUGCUAAAAAUACAGCACCACAAACCAGAGAAGUGAAAUCUAGAAAACAAGUCUCCAAAGUUAGUAGUACAAAUAGAACCAAGCCCACAAAUAAACAUGAACCAAACAAUAAUAUUACAAACAAAGCUCAACCAGUUGUUGCUGAUCAAGAGCCCAUAUGUAAUGACAUUGAAGACAAUACUGAUGAACAAUUACAAGAUCAAAAUGAGUUUGUGAUUCCAAAUGUAGAACUAGAGACAUUGGCAGAACCUUGCCUCUUUAUAUGUGAUCUUAUUCCAAUUUACACUGUGAUUACGAGUUGAGAGCCAUUAUGGUGAAAUGAAUGUUAACAUUAUCAGUGGUCUGAUCUGUUUUCGAUAUUUAUUAAUAAAAGCAGAAAAGCUAUAACAUUUCUGUCAACCAUUUAAGCAUUUUGUGGGACAUAUUUAGAUGACAUUUAUGACAUGUAUUUAUGCCAUACUUGACAUAUAUGACAUGUAUAUGCCAUAUAUAUAUGACAUAUAUGGCAUAUAUGUAUGACAUUUAUGUAUGACAUAUAUGACAUAUACUGUAUGGCAUGUACACUCCCCUCCAUAAGUUUGGCAACCUUAGCUCCCCCAUUGAACUACGUGUUAAAGCCCC